AUGAAGCGCUCAGUUAGCCCGCAAACGGCACCCGAGCCGAACUCCAAGAGGCAAAAGUUUUUAGGGACCGGUUUUUUUUCGUCGCUAAAGCGUGUUUUUUCGCGAGCGGAACCCACACAUGAUACUGUUGCUUCUGACUCGGGCAACCAGAUACAAAAUAUCGGCCUGGACGUUUUGCCUGCUGAUUUCACCUCGAGGAAGAGACGAAUGUCUGUGCAAGAGGACUUGAAACUGCGCAGCUCGGCAGUCCCACGUUCGUCGUCGAUUGUGGGCCUAGACGGCUAUCAGGCGCUCACGAAUUCGCUUCAGUCAGAACGACAACUGAUCGGCGGAGCUAUGGAGCAAAGACGUGCCAGCAUAGUAGAUGCCGAGAAAGGUGUUUGGAGAAAUUCUGCUGACGGCUUUGGGAAAGAUAUUUCGCCCGCAUUGAGUUUUCCCCGCAACCUGGUGCUACCGACAAAUGCUCUGGACUGGGAAGAUGAAAAAAAUGACGGCCCGGUGGUGGUUGAGCACGAGUUUGCGCCGCUAUACCAAGACGAGGAUGGCAAUUUGGUAAGACCACCGUUCAUCAACUUGGACCCUCGUGAACGGUACAAGUUGUUGCAGAUGAAAAAGACAAUGGAAGCAUCCGAGUUUUUGCAAAAGAGACUCCAGUCAAUGGUUGAUCCGGACGAAAGCAGCUCGUUCAUGCGGCCCGACAACAAAGUCGACUGCUCGACGCAAACACACAACCAAGAUUAUCUAGAGCGCCGUCUUCAAUUCACAAACACCCAGGCCAGUCGGACAUUCCGCCGGCGGCACCCUAAUAGGCGCCAUAAGAGCCGCGGUAUGUUCUCCGGCGAGUUCUAUUACGAACCACAGAAAAAAGAUGUGGAACACAAAGGUGAAACUCAAUUGACUGGAUACUUGGGUACGCUUAGCAACCCAAAGUUUGAAAAACAACUGGAGGAAAAAAUAGACACGAAGGGCUUUCCCGAUGACAAUUCCUCCGAAAGACUCAUAAAAAGACGUCGGUCGGUAGGCCAGCGCGCUGGGUUGGAUGAAACAAUUAGGCUGGGCGUGUCACAGGAUUUAUCUUUGGAUAAGGACUACGUCGAAAAAACUGCCAGCAUAUCAAACAUCAUCAAGCUCAAAGAGCAACCGGCUCCAGCGAAAAAGACAUCUAUCGGCCCUAGUGCAGGUUUCAACUUUGAUGUGGACCUGGGAGCAAUUAAGUCGAUCCUCCAAAAGCGAAAAGAAGACGACGAGCUGAUCAAGGAAAAUUCAACUGGUCCUUCAGCUCACGAGAAAAAGACAGAGACUGCUCCAAGUUUACCUUCUAUAUCCUUUUCCUCUGAGCCUAAAGAGAAACGAAAGCGCUCUCUGGAGGAAGAGCCUAAACCAGCAUUUUCUUUCGGUUCGAAACUGGGCACAGAGAUCCUGGGUGAUUCUAAAAGUUCUGAAGCUUCGAAGGCCCCGCUUCCUGCGUUUUCGUUUGGGGCCAAAUCCACUAGCGAAACCCCUACUCCUGCGUUGAGCCUGGACUCCAAUAAACCAGGGUUAUUUUCCUCCAACACUGAAAAGUCUCUGGGUUUCUCAUUUGGAAACUCUAGUAGUACAGGCGCAAAAUCGGAUGCGCCAGUCAUCUCUUUUGGUGCUAAGAAAACGGGUGAUGAUACUAAAGAUACGUCCUUACCUAAGUUUUCUUUCGGUUCUACGAGUGCACCAAAAUUGUUUGGUGAUCAAGCAAAGGAAUCCAGCACACCCAAAAUCUCUUUUGGAGAUGGGUCCAAAGCAUCAAGUACGACAAAAUUUUCAUUCGGAGAUCAGUCCAAGGAGUCAAGUACGCCAAAAAUCUCUUUCGGUGGCGAAGCAAAAGAGUCCACAACCCCAAAGUUUUCCUUUGGUGGCUCGAGUCAAAAGGCAGACGCAGAAUCAAACGAUGCUCCGAAAUUUUCUUUCGGAGAAAGCAAACCAAAUGAACAGAAGGAUUCGUCAAAGGUGCCAGCAUUUUCUUUCGAAAAGAAAGCAGCAACAGAGGCACCAAAGUUUUCCUUUGAAAAGAAGGAGAACACAGAACCACCUAGUUUCGCUUUUGGAAACAACGACAAAAAAGAAGCGCCUAAGUUUUCUUUCGGGCAAUCUGAAAGGAAUGCUAGUGAGCCGCCUAAAUUUUCAUUUGGCCAAAAAACAGAAACAACAAAGCCAGCGGCGAAUGAGCUGGCACCCAAAUUUCUGUUUGGUAACGAAAAGUCAGAUAAGCCCUUAUUUGGUUUUGGUGGGACUGGCGAAAAGACAUCUACUUCGCUUGCACCUACUACAAAAGAAAACACCCCUGCAUUUUCCUUCUCCUCGAAAGAAACCACACCCAAACCAGCCGCUACUCCGGGUCUCGCGCUUGGAAACUCAGCUCCUACGACAACAGCACCUUCGUUUUCUGGCAAUGCCCAACCAACCAACUCCGGAUUCAGCUUCGGACAAACUGCUCUGGUUGAUCCCGCGCAGAUUUUUGGGGGCGGCAACAAUGCCCCACAACCAGCAUUCAAUUUCAACGUGAGCAAAGAGUCUACACCUUUCAAGUUUGGUGCUCCUGCGCCCCCCAAAAGUGACGGAUUCAAUUUUAGCAAUAACGUCACAUCAACUUUUGGUGCCAGUCGGUCGGCCACUCCAUCUGCUGGUUUCGGUUUUGGUUCCAACAACAAUGGCAAUAUUGCUGCCCCGGCUCCCCAACUUGGCACGUUUGGUGCUAACCCCAAUCCAGGAUUUGGUUCUACUCCAGCCGGUGGUAAUACUUUUGGUCAAACAAGUGCAACUCCCGGAUUUGGUGGUUCUGGACCUGCCAAUGGCGGCUUUUCUUUCUCUGCAAAUGCUUUGGGCAGUGCAACAGGCUUCAAUAGUGCUCCAGGAAGCUUUGGACUGGCGAGCAGAGAAAACACGCCGCCUGUCAACUUCGGACAACCUGGGUCUGCUCCAGGCCAACCUUUUACGCCGCCUCUCGCGAUGCAGGGCCGUAAGAUUGCACAAAUGCGACCAAGGAAGCGGUUUUGA